UUUACCAAGGCAGGGCUUCUGGAGUAUAUCAUGGAGCUGAUUGUGACCAAGGACAAGGCAUUGCAGCUCAUCGACAAACCAGCCUUCCACAACUUGCUUCAUUAUGUCCACCCUGCCCUUGCUGAAAGUGACAUGCCACACCACAUGAAACUUAUGGAGACUGUUAAGGUCCGUGCAGUGCAGGUGGUCAAUGUCAUUUGUGAGCAUCUCGCAAAGGUAGACAGUCAAGUCUCGAUGACUUUCAAUUCAUGGACAUCAAUCAUCAGCGACCCUUUCUUCUCCAUCACAGGCCACUAUAUCUGGAGC